ACGGAAUGCCCUAUGUCUAUUGUUUCACAAGAUUGCAAUGUUUACACUUUCUUUCUGGAAAUCUCCUUGCCGCCAACUAAAUAUGUCUUCAGUUUCUAUGGCAGUACAUAUUUCUGUGCUUUUGAUCCAAAGUAAUUAACGGGGCUAAGGUGUGAACACAGAGUUACCCAUAGUUUGAAGACAGUGUUCUUUGCCAAACUGGCAAAAUCUGCAGGCAGAAAUUCAAAAUUAGGUGCACAGAAAUCAUGGAAAUGCUGCCUGACUUCACAAUUUUAGACCUACCACCAUGUGUGUUGCUUCACAUAUAUAGUUUUUUGAAUCCUGAAGAUGUAUUAUCAAUGCGAAAAAUUUCUCAACUUUUGUAUCACAUAAGUUACAAUGAUUCAUUAUGGAAAACGUUAGAUACCAGAAAGUGUGGUGAUGACUUUGUUACUGAUGGGUCCUUCUGCUCACUGCUCCAUGACGUAGAAACCAUUAUUGAAUGUCUGCAUUUUGAUAUUCGUUUCUUUAGAGUACUUGAAUAUCUGUCUGAAGCAGAUGAUUUGUAUUGUCCAAACUUGAGGGAGAUUUACAUCUACAAUGACACGAUGCGAGGUGAAUUUGAGGAUAUCUAUAGAAGUCUUGGCUUAGAUGAAAAAAUGAUAAAACUAUCACAAAAGUACAAGAAGUUAACGACACUGGUGUAUGAUAAUCUGUUUAUAAAUACAGAUGCAGUUUUUAGCAGCUUAGAAAAGUUUGAAUGUUGGUGUUAUAGUUCCACAGUUGAUGGUCCAACACAACUGAAGAAAUUUCUCAGAAAACAUCCACAAUUAAAACAUCUUCGACUUCAACUAAUUUAUUGUAAUGAUGAAGAUAUUUUCUCAUCAUUAUUCACAGAUUUUCCAGGUUUGGUUACAUUGGACGUGUGUGGAAUCCUUAGUGAAGAACUGAACCCAUGGUUACAACAAACAUACCAUCUUUCACAUCUCCAGGAAUUGAGCAUAAAUGACUUACCUGAAAUUGAAGAUGAGACCAUCGAAAUAAUUGUGAAGAAUGCUUCUGAUUUGAGAACAUUUAGAGUUUGGUAUUGUCAUAAGCUUACAGAUAUCACACUUAAAUGUCUGGCAGAAUACUGCCCUAAACUUGAGAUUUUUGAAAUUGGUGGGCAUGACAUAAAUUACACAGAUGCUGGUUUAUUAUCGGUUGCCAUAAACUGCACUAAGUUGAAAGAAGUAAAGAUGACCCCAAGUUUGAAUUCUAAUGACUUGACCUUCCGAUCAUUCGUUUUAAAUUGUCCAGCAUUGAGUUCAUUCAAAAUUGAAGGAGCCAGCACUUUGACUGACAGCACAGUUCUGGCUAUGAUAGAGAGAUGUUCAAACAUGCAGAGACUUGAUUUUAGUUCUUGUAGAAAUCUGACAGCUAUUUCGAUAUCUUCAGUGCUCAGGUAUUACAAACAUUUGGACUUUCUGAGAAUUGCCAAUAACAAAGCACUUACCACCUUUACAUUAGUUGAGCCAAAGUCUGAUGAAGGGGCCAAGAAAAAGAAGCUAGAUAAAUCUGAAGAGAACAGUAAUGUGAAUUGGAAUGUAUGCAUUGAAGAAACAAAUGAACAUAGCAGAAAUGAAUCUAGUGAUGAGCAAGGCAAAGAAUCCAAAGAACAAGUAGAGAAUACCACAGAUCAAGAAGAGAAAGUAAAAGAAAAGGGAGAGGAAACAAAAGAUUAUGGAGAGAAAACCAGAGCAAUCAUGCCAGUGACACAGACAAUUAAGAAAACCUCUCAGUCAGUUGAGAGGUGGUCUGCUCUGAAAACUUUGGAUAUGUCAGGUUGUGUAGCAAUUACAGAUAACUGUCUCUACAGCAUUGUUUGCUACUGUUCAAACUUACGAGAACUAAACCUUUCUGGAUGUAAGAAUUUGACAGAUACUACAGUUAGUGAGCUUGUUAAAAGAUGCAAGUUUCUUAAAACUUUGAAGAUUUCUGCAGAGGAAGACACUAUUUGCAUCGAAGAUGAAUCAGAACUUACAGAUGGCUGUUUAGUUGAUAUAGCUAUGUAUGGUAACAAUAUAGAGGUUCUAGAAAUGAAAAAUUGCAAUAACUUUACAUCACAAGGUAUUUAUGAAUUUCCUUGCCAUUUCUUAUGCUGUAAUGCCAAUAAUGGCAUUCCCCGGCAUAUAAUGUAGUUGGUACAAGCACAUGGACUUUCAAUUCAAAUUGGGCAAUAUAGUCUAAUAAGGGAUUACAUGCUGAAUUUAUUUGGCAUCCAAUUCGUAAUUAAACACAGAUCCAGACAUUUGCCUUUACUUGCUUAUGUUUCAAAGUUCCACCGAAAUAAAAAUAACAGAAACUACUGGAUUUAUGAACAUUGACACAAGUUGUUUCGAUUUGGUUGACAUUAAGCAGUAUGACAGAACUUGAGUGUAAUUUUGAAGGAGUACACCUUUGCAUUUUAUAUUAAAGAGUUUGAAAAUGAAUAAAUGUUAUUAUCUAU